AUGGGUUCUGUGUCAGAAAGUCUUCCAGUUGGCUUGAGCGAAGAGCUGCACCAAAAGUAUGCGGAAGAACGUGAUAAGCGUCUUCGUCGUGAUGGACUGGCUCAAUUUCUUGACCCUGCAAACUCCAACGAAUUGAGGCAUUUCAUCGACGAUCCAUGGGUUGAUCAUCAGACUCUGAACGCUCAAGAGCCUCCGCUGAAAGAUGGUUCUCAUUGCAAGUUCUUGAUCCUUGGCGCCGGGUACGGGGGUCUGCUCUUUGCAGUCCGCCUUAUCGAUGCAGGCUUUAGAGCUGAAGAUAUUCGUUUUGUCGAUGGCGCCGGCGGAUUUGGAGGUACCUGGUACUGGAAUCGCUACCCGGGUCUGAUGUGUGAUGUGGAGAGCUCCAUCUACAUGCCUCUUCUCGAGGAGACGGGCUACAAGCCGCGGCAUCGGUAUGCUUACGGCGAAGAGCUUCGCGAACAUGCCAAUAGGAUCGCCGAAAAAUGGUCCUUGAACAAUAAAGCACUUUUCAGAAGCCACGUGAAAACAAUGGACUGGGACAGCAGUCGGAAACAAUGGAGAAUAAAGAUAACUCAAAAUCGAGGACCGCAACAGGGGUCAGUGGAUAUGCAAGUUCACGCGGACUUUACCAUUCUUGUCAGUGGCUUCCUCAACAAGCCCCAAGUUCCGAAGAUCCCCGGCUUCGAGGAAUUUGAAGGCCAAGUGUUUCACACAGCUCGGUGGGACUACAAGUAUACGGGGGGUCACCCAGGUGAUGCAUCGCUCACAGGCCUCAAGGACAAGAGGGUCGGAAUUAUUGGCACUGGAGCAACUUCCAUACAAGUUGUUCCAGAGCUUGCGAAAUGGUCACAGCAGUUAUACGUCUUCCAGCGGACUCCUUCGUCGGUUGAUGUGCGCAAUCAAUCCCUCAUGACCUCCGAGCAAUGGUGCAAAGAAAUCGCAUGCAAAAAGGGUUGGCAAGUAGCCAGAGCCAGGAACUACAACUCGCAAAUAUCCAAUGCACCUAUUGGACCUGAUCUAUUUUGUGAUGCAUUUACAACUCGACCUGCGCUGAGUGGGCUCGCAGGCGGACCUGGAAAGGGGCCCAUGACCGUGGAUCGUGCAGCUGAGCAUAUUGCUGAACUACAUGCUCUAGAUGUGGAGCGUGCAGAGAGCAUCAGAGCUCGGGUCAGUCAGGUUGUUCAGGAUCAGGCCACAGCUGAGAAAUUGAAAGCCUGGUACCCGGCAUGGUGUAAAAGGCCGUGCGCGCAUGAUGAAUACCUGCCUGCCUUUAACCGACCACAUGUGCAACUGGUCGACACAGAGGGCAAGGGUGUGCAACGACUUACCAAAAACGGUGUGGUAGCUAAUAACAAAGAGUAUGAAUUAGAUCUUUUGGUACUCAGCACUGGAUUUCGUUCUCCUGCUGCCGGGAGUGGCAGCCCAGGUUGCCGUGCUGAUGUGGCUGUGACGGGUCGUUGUGGUCUAUCGCUUGAUGAGAAAUGGAUUGAAAAUGGCGUGACGACACUCCAUGGUAUAGCCACCCAUGGGUUCCCGAACAUGUUCUUCACGAACACCGCACAAGCAGGCUUCUCGAUGAACUACGUAUUUGUGCUUGAUAUGGUUGCCAAGCACGUGGCGCACAUUGUGGACCAUGCAACAAAGAAGGCUGGUGGAGCUAAAGUUACUGUUGAGGUUACUGAAGAAGCUGAAGAAAAAUGGGCGGAUGAGGUCAUUAAGAGGGCACCUUGGUUUGUGGGUCUCACUACUUGUACACCCGGUGUACUGAACAACGAGGGAGAGAUGUUGAUGGAGAUGGAUCCGAAAGAGCAGAGAAAGAAAGCUAGAGCUGCAGUAUGGGGAGAAGGGGUGGGUAGUUAUGAGAGGGUGUUAGAAGAAUGGAGGGAAGAGGGUAAGUUUAUGGGUAUGGAGAUAUCCAUAGACUCUUGUGCACCUGGCUUGAAGUGCUAG